UAUAAUAUAUAAAGUUUUGAUAUUUGAAACAAGAAAGUGAUUUGCCUCAUAUGCAAAAACUUUAGAACAAGUUUACCUGAAAGUAGACUAAUGAGUAGUAGUUACUGGGAGAAAUUUGGAAGGUAAGGGUAGAAGAACAGUGUGUACCUUUGAUCAGUACAUUUUGUAUGCAUGUAUGAAAUUUCACACUAAGCCCCACUAAUAUACACAAAGCUUACACAUUCAAUUUUUAAAGUAAAAAAGAAAGGAAAACAAGAACAUCAUUUAUAGAUAGAAUCCCAGUAUUGAAAGUAUAGAGGGAUCAUCAAUAUGAAAUUCAGUGUGAUUAGUGGUUGCACAGGGAAGGGGAAACAUGAUCCUCGUCAAAUUACAGAAGUAUGAAUAUGCAUUCUCUAAUUUCUUUAACAAUAUAUAAUGUAAACAUGGUGAUAUAAUGUCAAUUAAUGGUGCAUGGUGCACAUUCAGGUCUCUAUUGCUUUUGAUAUCCUUUUUGAAUACUUGAAAUAUUUUAUAAGAAAUUAAUAAUUUAACAUCAGUGAUAUUUCUGAACAUUUAUAUUUUAUCAUGCUCUAAAUGCCUUGUUAUGUAAUUAAAUUUGCUUUAGAUGUUUAUUAUUUUUGUGGCUACGUCUAGGUCUGCUUUAUUUUCUUUUUCCUUUUUUCUUUGCUUUGUGGCUUCAGUACUGGGUAUCAAACUCAGGACAUUGCAGUUGCCAGGCAGGCAUAGCUUCACUGAGCGACAUCCUGGCCCUUAGGUCUCCUUUAUUUAUUCUAGUUGCUAGGGAAUUUAUUGAAUGCACAUAGAAAUAUAGAUGAAUAUCAUUGAUGUUCACUUGAAUGUUCACUUGAUGAAUAUCAUUGAUUGUUCACUUUUCUUCCUGCUUUAUAAAUUCAAGAUUCCCCAUUGGAAUUUCAGUACACUGCUUCUUUUCUCAAAUAUGUGGUCAUCAAGCAAAAGGGUUUUUCUUCAAAUGUGUUCUAUGUGCCUUCUAUUUCUAUAUUUUCCCUUAACAUCGCUUCCUUUUUGUUAGCAAUUUUAGCAGGCAGUUCAUUUGUAUUCAUGACAGAAUCAGGUAAUAAUAGAACUAUUAACUCCUCAUCGGUGAAAUAUUAUUCUGAAAUAGUUUGUGUUCUCAUUCUCAUGCCUGCAACAUUCCAAUAACGUUUUUCAGUGGUUUCCUCAUUACACAAGUGAGGACACUGUGGCUUCUCAUAGAGUUUAAAAAUUUUUCUGAUUUACAAAGAAGCACUGGAGUAAGUCUUUCUCAGUUAAAAUUUUGAUUGAAGUGGUCAUUGUUGAUUUAUAUUUAGUAUAGAUUUUUUAGUUUUCUUGCAAAUUUAAGUCUUUGGCAAAUACUCAAGAGAAAAGCCAUAUAUAUUGCUUCAUAUUGGGUUCCUAUUAGGUAAUACAAGAUUUUCGGUAACUAAAAUUUGUAUAAUCAGUGUGGAUGGCAGAAAAGGUGAUAAAUGAGAGAUAAGAAGAAGGUAGAAAGAUUAGUAAUAUUUACUUCACUUUACAAUGUAUCUAUGUUUUCCAAAAGGAUGGAUAUAGUCUUUGUUUCAUGUCCUGGGUUUUCCCAUUAGCCUCUUCAAAUUAUGGAAACAGAAAACCACACAAGGGUAGCAGAAUUUCUACUUCUGGGUCUCUCAGAGGAUCCAGACCUGCAACCCAUUCUGUUUGGACUGUUCCUGUCCAUGUACCUGGUCACAAUGCUUGGGAACCUGCUCAUCAUCCUGGCCGUCAGCUGUGACUCCCACCUCCACACCCCCAUGUACUUCUUCCUCUCCAACUUGUCCUUCACUGACAUCUGCUUCAUCUCCACUACCAUCCCAAAGAUGAUUAUAGAUAUCCAGACACAGCAUAAAACCAUCAGUUACAAAGGCUGCCUCACCCAGAUUUGCUUUGUCCUGGGUUUUGGUGGACUGGAAAACUUUCUGCUUGGAAUGAUGGCCUAUGACCGUUAUGUGGCCAUCUGCAAUCCUCUCAGGUACACAGUCAUCAUGAAUCCCCAUCUGUGUCUCGUACUGAUUGUACUGUCAUUGUCCGUCAACAUUGUGGAUGCGCUGCUUCACAGUCUGAUGGUGCUGCGGCUGUCCUUCUGCACAGACCUGACAAUCCCACACUUCUUCUGUGAUCUUUCCCAGGUCAUAAAACUUGCAUGUUCAGACACCUUCAUCAAUAACAUCGUGUUGUAUAUGGUGGCUGGCAUGUUGGGUGCUGUUUCUCUCAUCGGCAUUAUUUUCUCUUAUGUUAAAAUUUUCUCAUCCAUCCUGAGAAUGCCUUCAACUAGAGCAAAGUAUAAAGCUUUUUCUACCUGUGGAUCACAUCUCUCAGUUGUCUCCUUGUUCUAUGGGACAAGUUUUGGGGUGUAUGCUGGGUCUGAAUUUACUGGCUCAUCUAGCAGUUCUGCAGUAGCUUCACUGAUGUACACUGUGGUCCCUCCACUGAUGAAUCCCUUUCUCUACAGCCUGAGGAACAGAGAUGUGAAGGAAGCCUUGAAGAAACUCACCAGACCACCUCCUUUUCUGAGAUUGUCUCUUGUGCUUUGAGUUUGAACUUCCAGAAUGAAAAACAAUAUAGGAGCUCUGAGUGAGACAAUAUAAUAGACACCUCCACAAGCAGGUUCAUAGGCUUCAAAUUUAGAUGCCAUAAUGGUGAAGGAUGUUUCAACUUACAUUAAAAACUGACUUUAUUGUUCUGUAGCACUGUAACUUGUGAAAAUUCAUGUUGAAUUUCUUAGCUUGAUUUCCUGGUCAUUUUGCAUCAAAGCAAGAACAUGAGCAAAUGAUUCUUUCUGUACCAAUGAGGGGUCCAUCUCAGGAGAAUGUUAGUUACAGCAAGACCAUGGGACAAAGUGGGGAGCUAAAUAAGAGUUUCACUAUGGGUAAAGAACCAGCCUCAAACUAUUGAUAGUGCCAUGUAAUUUUCCAGAAUUCUUCUUACCAGAAUAACUUUUAACUCCACCUCCCAUGUGUAGAUUUGCCACUUGGUUCACAACAAUGUAUUGUCCUGACAGGCUUCUACUCU